UCGUUGUAGCAACCUCAGUUUCAUUUCAGACCUUGACGCGAUCACCACGAAAUGCAAGUGAAAUUUAUGUACGCAGUCUGCUUGCUGCUGCCACUUGUGGCAAGCACCGCGGCGACGCCAACGCAAACGGAUACGCGUAUCUCAUGGAUAGCUCAACUAAAGCAACUCCAUCAUCAGUUGCAUAAUUGCCUGCAAUCCGGUGGCAGCUUGGGAUUGUGGUCCUGCUUCCGUUCACGCAGUCUGCGCAUCUUUGAGGAUGUCAUGAGCUCCGAUGUGAUUCCACUCUUCGAAGGCGUGCGUCUAGUUGCUGCCACAAAUGCCACGAAUGGCCAGGCGCGACAUGCAGGCGAUGAUCGCAAGGAUCUGAAGCAUCUCACUUGGUUUGAUCAACUGGCCAGCAGCUUGGCCAAGAGUUUGACCACGCACACGCUACAAGUGAAUCUGGUGAAGCUCACAGAGCGCUAUCUGAGCAGUGAUGCGCCUGCAACUCAAGCGGAUUCCAUGGGCAGCGCUCGUCUUAGACGCCAUCGCUUCAACAUGAUUAUCACCAUGAUGUUUGGCGUCACAGCUCUGGGCGCUGUCCUGGUGCCCAUGGGCUUCCAGAUGCUUUCAAUAGUCAGCGGCAAAGCUUUGCUGUUGGCCAAAAUGGCGUUGCUGCUGGCCUCGAUCAACGGUUUGAAGCGGGUGGCCAACACGGGACUGCAUUAUGGUCUAUAUCAUGUGCCUGGCGAGCACUUGGGUGGCUACUACGAUCGUGGUGAUCUCAAUCAUCCACGCAAUGUUCCCAUUCCUGUGGCUGUGGCUCCCACCUUCGACAUGAGCGUCAAGUAAAACUAAAGUCAAUAGUUGUAGUUUGAAUUAGAGACAAUUAAAUACUUUCCCUUUAAAUAUUAACAGCCAAUAAAUGGCUAACAUUUUAGGCCAAGUUGGCAGCUUUGUUGCGAAACAAAAGCUUGCAAAGCUUGCGGUGUGGUGAAUUUCUGCUGCGCGGUAAAGUUUGCAAAUGGAAAUGUCAAGCAAAAGUAUUUUAUGAAAAAUGUAUUAGGAAAUUACUAAAAACAAUAAUAUAAAAAUAUAUUAAAUUAUGCGAAUUUUGUGUAUGAAAAAUAUAAGUUAAUAAAUAUUUCAAA